AUGUAUAACAAAAAAGGGUCCCGUCAAUCUUUGGAACAAAGUAAUCUGUCAUCUACUUCUACAAAUACGGCUUAUACUGGUCAGCAGUCGCAUCGUCAGGUUCUUCGUGCUCCUGAAUAUAUGGAUAUUAGAGACUGUACCUAUGUUUGUGAAUUCUGUGGUGCUUUAUUCUGGUUUGAUGAGCGUGUGAUGUCCGUACCAUUAGGGCAACGACCUAGAUAUACGACAUGUUGCAAGCACGGAGCUGUCAUCAUUGAUUUCCCAGUCGACCCACCAGAUACAUUGCGCCGACUUUUCCAAGAAACACAUUUUAUGAACAACAUCCGUGCAUACAAUUCAAUGUUUUCAAUGACAUCAUUUGGUGCUAAAGUUGAUGAUUCAGUCAACCAAGGCACUGGACCUUAUGUCUUCAAAAUUACAGGCCAGAUCUCUCAUUGGCUUGGUUCUAUUUGUCCGCCUCCUGGUGAACGUAGAUUCUUGCAAAUGUAUAUCUUUGAUUCUGAGAGCGAGGUUGCAAACCGUCUUAGUUGUUUUUCUAAUACCUCACGCCAGCCACUCCACCCUGAUGUUGUUUCCACUUUGGCUUCCACAUUGAAUUUAUCUAACGAAUACGUUCGUUUGUUUAAAAGUGCUAAAGAUUAUUGUUCCAUGCCAGAUAUCCUUGAUUUUGUUAUCAGACUACGUGACUGUCACAGGCUUAAGAACUAUGGUCUUCCAGAGGCUGGAACUUUAGGUGCAAUAGUUUGUGACGAUGGUUCCGCAUCAGAAGAGUUUGACAUCGUUGUGCGUACCAAGGACGAUACACCUCAGCGAGUUAGUAAACUACAUCCGGCGUAUAUGCCUUUACAGUACCCACUUCUGUUUCUACACGGUGAACGUGGCUGGUCACCUGCACUCCGUUUAGCUGCUACCUCAGAUAGCUCUAAUCGCACCUUAACGAUGAACAUGUUUUACAAAUUCCAAAUCCAUGAAAGGUCAGAGCGAUAUACACAUUUGUUGCAUGCUGGUAGGUUGUUUCAGCAAUACUUGGUUGAUUGCUAUGUUUCUAUAGAGCACAAUAGAUUGGAAUAUAUUCGUUACAACCAAAACGACCUCCGUUCUGAAUUUCUGGAAGGAUUAUAUGAUGCUUUGUCUGCUGGGGAGGUUGAAGGCCGCCAUGUCAGAAAACGCGUUAUUCUUCCUGCAUCUUUUACUGGUGGUCCUCGGUAUAUGUAUCAACAUUACCAAGACGCGUUGGCCAUUUGUAGAGUUCAUAAUAAUCCACAAUAUUUUAUUACAUUUACAUGUAAUGUUAAAUGGCCCGAGAUUGCCCGUGAACUCUUAAAAACAGGUGCACAACCUCAAUAUAGGCCGGAUAUUAUUGUUCGCGUCUUCCAGUUAAAAGUGGAGUCUUUCAUAAAAUAUAUAAAAGACUCGCAACUAUUUGGAGCUGUUACAGCAGGUUCUUAUGCUCUUAACCAUUUCAUUUUCUUAUAUUAUUGUCGUUGCACUAUUAUAUCUCCAUUGCUUAAAUUAAAAUUGUUUUGUGCAGAGGUUUACACUAUAGAAUUCCAAAAACGAGGACUCCCACAUUGUCACAUACUUCUGUGGGUGUCAUCAGAUCAUACGAUUCAAGAGGCAACAUCUUUAGAUAAUUAUAUCUCCGCAGAGUUACCUGAUAAGGUUGCAGAUCCGAUUCUCUAUAGAAUUGUAACAGAGAGUAUGUUGCAUGGACCUUGCGGUCUAGCUAAAUUAAAUGUUGGAUGUAUGUUUGAAGGUCGUUGUUCAAAGUGUUUUCCAAAACCUUAUGAAGAUGUUACAAGAUUCGAUUCUUAUGGUUAUGUUCAUUACAAAAGACGACACACUGAUGAGCAUUUUAUGAAAGGCGGUGUUCCCCUCGACAACGGUUUUGUUGUUCCUUACAAUAGCGAUCUCUGUAGACAUUUCGACGCACACAUUAACGUGGAGUAUUGUGGGUGGAGUAUGCUAAUUAAAUAUUUGUUCAAGUAUAUCUCCAAAGGCGUCGAUCGUAUAAAGUUCCAAGUUAGUAAGCAGACAGCCUCUAAAUCCUCAGAAAAUUCUGAACAAUCUUCCACAGUUGUCAACGAAAUCGAUAAUUUUGUUGAUGGCCGUUUCAUUUGUCCUCAUGAAGCAGCAUGGCGCAUUCUCAACUUCCCUAUACAUCAUAGAAACCCAGCAGUUCAAAUACUUGCUGUACACCUCGAGAGAAAGCAAAAUGUAACUUUUAGAGCUUUGCAAAAGCUUUCUACCGUUGUCAGCAAUCGAGCUAUCACACGCACUACAUUAACCGAAUGGCUAGCAAAUAACCGACGUGAACUGGCUUGCAAUACUCCAGCUGAACAAAGCGGCUUGCAUUUAAAGUACACAGAAUACCCAUCUGAAUACACUUGGCAUGCAAACAGCAAAAGUUGGAUACGCAGGGCCAGACGUAGACCUUCUGCCGUUAGCAAGUUGGUGUAUGUUCACCCAACUUGUGGUGAGCUCUUUUACUUGAGGUUACUUUUAACUCACCAAGUUGGAUGCACUUCAUUUGAAGAUAUACGGACUGUCUCGGGCGUCACAUAUACCACCUACCGUUUAGCCUGUGAAAAACUCGGCCUUAUCGGAGAUGACCAAGAAUGGUCACAAACACUUUCAGAGGCAUCUCAUUGGGCAACUUCUUCUGAACUCAGAUCUUUGUUCAUACAUAUGUUGGUAUUUUGUGAAAUCUCGAACCCUCUAGCUCUAUGGGCAGCGCAUUGGCAAAAGAUGGGAGACGACAUUACUUAUCAGCUAUCUCAUAUUCCAUCUUCAUCUGCUUCUACAAGUACAAGCUCUGAUAUACAUGAGUACAUUUUGUAUGAGUUGGAAGUAUUGCUAAAGUCUAGGCCUCAACCACAAUCUCUAUCUGACUUUGGACUACCUCUACCAAACGAGUCAAUACUUGCAGUUCUGACGAAUCGUCUUCUUCUAGAAGAGAAAACAUAUGACAGAGACGCGCUGACUAUUGAACACACAACUCUUUACUCUGCACUUAAUUCAAAACAGUUGCACAUCUACAACCAUGUUUUGGCCAACCUUGAUGGAUCUUUACAGGUACUUCUAUUUAUAUAUGGGCACGGUGGCACGGGCAAAACAUUCCUUUGGAGAACAAUUAUUUCUGCUCUAAGAUCUAGAAGAAAAGUCGUGUUAGCCGUAGCGGCUUCUGGAAUUGCAGCGUUGCUGCUACCAGGAGGCAGAACAGCACACUCAAGAUUCAAAAUACCUCUAGAUCUAACCGAGCAAUCCACCUGCCAUAUAAAAAAAACACUCAACUUUCAAAGCUUCUAUUUGAAACUUAUCUGA